AUGCCUAUAUACAUCCAGGAGUUCUUCCAGGAGCAGCUUCCCCUGCCUUGCCUGUCCCACACAAAGCAAGAGCUGCGGGCUUUCAUGCCGAGGCGGUUCCUGAUGAACCACCUCAAGCAAAAUGCCAGCCAGGCUGGAAACUUUGAUGUUUGUGGGUGGGCCUUGUGGGCCUCAGCCAGAAGGCAGCGCAGUUCAGAGACGGGCCAGAGUUGGGAUGAUUGGGCAUCCAUCAGCAUUUUUGCAAACAACGAUGCCAUCGAGUGUCAGCUCAGUCCGGUCGCCACUAUAUCACUGUGUUGCUUGCUGCCUAAGCCUGUCGCCUGCGACUCUAGGCGCUUCUCCUGCCUGGAUUUGCGGGCCAUAAUGACGUUGCUGGCAACUUAA